AUGGCCAAGGUGCAGGGGUGCUGUGUGAGUGAUGCCCCUGCUAGGCAGCUGUCGCUGCGCGGGGUGCGGAACCUGCGCACACCCUCCGCGGGUACUAGCAGUGGGAUUGUUGUAAAUCAGGAGAUGGCAGACUGCAGCGUGGAGGGGAGCAUGCGGCCAGGAUCGGAGAAAAAAUUCUGUUUACCAAAUGGGCUUUUCUCUUCCUGGUGUAACUCAGGUGUAAUGUCUUUGCUGAGACCUCUUUUGCUGGAUGUCGUCCCAACUAUUCAACAGACUGCUGCUUUGGCUCUUGGGAGACUUGCCAAUUAUAAUGAUGACCUGGCAGAGGCAGUCGUGAAGGGAGACAUUCUUCCACAGCUUGUGUGUUCAUUGUCUGAGCAGAAUCGUUUCUACAAGAAGGCAGCUGCAUUUGUGCUAAGAGCAGUUGGCAAACAUUCUCCACAGCUAGCUCAGGCAAUAGUUCAUUGUGGAGCACUGGAAAUGCUUGUGAUUUGCUUGGAAGAUUUUGACCCUGGAGUCAAAGAAGCUGCAUCUUGGGCACUUGGGUAUAUUGCCCGACACAAUUCAGAACUGUCACAAGCUGUGGUGGAUGCAGGAGCUGUUCCUCUUUUAGUGCUCUGUAUCCAGGAGCCAGAAAUUGCUUUGAAAAGGAUUGCUGCUUCAACUCUCAGUGAUAUUUCAAAGCAUUCUCCAGAGUUAGCACAGACAGUAGUGGAUGCAGGAGCUAUCGCUCACUUAGCUCAGAUGAUCCUGAACCCUGAUGCUAAACUGAAGCGUCAGGUGCUGUCAGCUCUAAGCCAAAUAGCAAAGCAUUCAGUGGAUCUUGCAGAGCUGGUGGUUGAAGCAGAAAUUUUCCCAGUUGUGCUCACAUGCCUGAAGGACUCAGAUGAAUAUGUCAAGAAAAAUGGUGCAACUUUAAUUAGAGAGAUAGCAAAGCAUACGCCUGAGCUUUCACAGCUUAUAGUAAAUGCAGGUGGAGUUGCUGCUGUGAUUGAUUGUAUUGGCAGCUGCAGAGGGACUGUCAGACUGCCUGGCAUCAUGAUGCUUGGUUACGUAGCAGCUCAUUCGGAGAACCUGUCAAUGGCAGUGAUUGUCUCCAAGGGAAUACCACCACUGUGUGCCUGCUUGAUAGAGGAACCUGAAGAUCAUAUUAAGGCAGCAGCUGCUUGGGCCUUGGGACAGGUUGGAAGACAUACUCCUGAGCAUGCACGUGCUGUUGCAGUAGCAAAUGUGCUACCCACACUGCUUGCUAUGUAUAUGGACACACGCAGUUCAGAAGAUCUUCAAAUGAAAACUAAAAAAGCCUUAAAGAACAUCCUUCAGAAAUGCACGUAUCUUCCAGCACUUGAACCAUUGCUGCAUGAUGCCCCUCCCAAUAUUAUGAAACAUAUUGUUGGGCAGUUUAGUAAGGUGUUACCACAUGACAGUAAAGCACGUCGUCUCUUUGUAACAACUGGUGGACUUAAAAAGGUUCAAGAAAUAAAAGCAGAACCUGGGUCACUUCUUCAGGAAUAUAUCAACACUAUUAACAAUUGCUACCCAGAGGAAAUAGUAAGGUAUUAUUCCCCUGGAUAUUCUGAGAUACUUCUGGAAAGGGUGGAAAAUUACCAUCCAGUUUUAUAA